AUGUCGUCCCUUCUCUACUCCCCCGUCCUGGGCUACGUCCAGAGCCUGAACAACUUCGUCCUCUCACCUGUUCUAUCCUGUCCACUGCUUCUCACAUCAAUCUACGCACCAGAACUCGCCAACAAUGCACUCUCUUCAAUCGCCGCUCGACUUCCACCUCAAAUCUCAGCUACCCUAGACCUCCAAACCGUCAACAAGGUUCUCCUCAUCUGGACUAGCCUGAGCAUCUUGCGUACCAUCAACAAGGUCCUCAAUGUGAUGGCUCACAAUUCUUGGCGUAUCAGACCCGCCUCGAAUUGGUCCUGGACAAAUGAAAUUGCCGUCGUCACUGGCGGCUCCAGCGGUAUCGGCUUGAGCAUGGUACAAAAGUUGACUGGGAUGGGAAUACGAGUUGCUGUCUUUGAUGUCCAGGAUCUGCCCAAGGAAUUGCAGGGUGAUUCGCGCGUUAACUUUUAUCGCUGCGACAUAACCACUGUCGAAUCUGUGGCGGAAGCGGCUGAUGCCGUGAGACGCGAACUGGGGCAUCCGACUAUUCUCAUCAACAAUGCUGGCAUCACGUCUCCGAUGCCGAUUCUAAAGAUGACAGAAUCUUUUCUUCGCAAGAUUAUGGGCGUCAAUCUCAUGUCCUUGUGGUACACAACUCAGCAAUUCCUCCCUCGAAUGAUCCAGCUUGACAAGGGUCAUAUUAUCACAGUGGCAAGUAUCGCGUCUUUCGUCGCCUUGCCCACAGGCGCCGACUACUCCGCGACAAAAGCUGGCGCCUUGUCUUUCCACGAGUCUCUCGCAAGUGAGCUCAAGCAUUUCUACAAGGCUCCCAACGUUUUGACAACUGUUGUUCAUCCCAAUUUUGUCAGAACACCCCUCGUCGAAGGGUUCGUGGACAAAUUGGAACGUGGAGGAGUAAAGUUUUUGACUCCCGAUGAUAUCGCGAAUGAAGUCAUCGCGCAGAUUAAACGCAAGCGCGGCGGUCAGAUUAUUGUUCCCAAGUCUGCCUCUGGUAUCUCGGGAAUUAGAGGCUGGCCUACUUGGAUACAGGAGAUCCUGCGGGAUAUGAUUGGAAAGACAGCUUAG